AUCAACAUUGAAUAUAGAUGACAAUUUAAAGCCAGAGAUUGCUAUAGUAUUCUCUUGACAAGUCUAAUCACUCUCCCUGUUCACUUCUCACUUCAUUUCAAAGAUUAAAGCCUAUUCAUCAAAGUAUGUUGUCAUUUACGUGUUCGAUCAUUUAACAGAGAGAAACAUAUAGAGAGAGAGAAGAAUGGGGAGAUCACCUUGUUGUGAUAAGAGAGGGUUGAAGAAAGGGCCUUGGACUCCUGAAGAAGAUGAACUUCUCAUUAAAUACAUCAACAACAACGGCCAUGGAAGCUGGCGUUCUCUCCCUAAGCAAGCAGGUCUUCUUCGUUGUGGAAAGAGUUGCCGGCUUCGGUGGACAAACUAUCUUAGGCCAGAUAUUAAACGUGGUCCCUUCAGUCCUGAAGAGGAAAAGCUUGUCAUACAGUUGCAUGGCAUUCUUGGAAACAGGUGGGCUGCGAUUGCCUCUCAACUACCAGGAAGGACAGACAAUGAGAUCAAGAACUUAUGGAACACCCACUUGAGGAAGCGACUGCUUUGCAUGGGCAUCAACCCACAGACUCAUGAACCGGCCUCCAUAACCUAUGGACCAACAAUUAAACCACCCUCGUCGCCUUCCACCCGCCAUAUGGCACAGUGGGAGAGUGCUAGGCUUGAAGCUGAGGCUAGGCUUUCAAGGGAGUCAUUCCUCUUCAAUCCACCACCUUUGCAAAGAAUUGGUUCUGACUAUUUCCUGCGCAUAUGGAAUUCUGAAGUUGGAGAAUCAUUUCGGAAGUUUAACAAGAGUGAUAAAACUGCAUGUCAAAGCCCAACUUCUCAAGCUUCCUCGUCAACAAAAGGCGGAUCAGUUUCAGGAACCACAAUGGAGAUGGCUCUCGUUGUAGCUGGUUCGUCUGCCACAGGAAGCAGUCUAAACAAAGAUAAAGAAUCCAAGAUCAAGAUCAGCAAACCAUGCCUUGACAAUGUCGUGGCUGGUUCAGAUUCAUCAAGCUCCAAUGAGUCGGAGGAUUCAUCCGACACAGCAUUACAGCUGCUAUUAGAUUUUCCGAGCAACAAUGACAUGAGCUUCCUAGGUCAAACGGAGAACUAUGACUUAUAUCCUUCCAUUCUGACUGAAAGCUCCUUACACUGCUCCCUUUGAAGUUUGGGUGAUAGCAUACUGUAUGUUUUGAAGCCUCCCUUUCUUGAAUUUGAGCUGGACAAUUUUUGGUAUCUCCAGCUGUGAAGUACGUGCAAUGGGAUAUAUAUCUAUAUAUGUCAUGAUUCAUCCACCUUAUUAUGAUGAGGCUUAGGUUUGGUUAAUACACGUGUUCCUUGAAUCCAUUAAAACCUCUUAUGUACUUUUGUACUCCUUGGGUCAUGUAUCUUUUGUCAUGGUGAUUUAAUAUUUGGUGCUAAUAUUAUUAGAUUAGUUUUGCUGUCUUUGCUAACUUUGGCAUAAUUAAUUCUGCAUCUUCAAUGUUCCAAUUGAUUGGUGUUUCUUUAAUUGAUUGAUCCCUGAAGUGCCUCACAAAAACAGUGGACCUUGCCACUAAAAAUGACUUGAUUACUGUGAAAU